AUGCAUCACUGUAAGCGAUACCGCUCCCCUGAGCCAGACCCAUACCUGAGCUACCGAUGGAAGAGAAGGAGGUCUUACAGUCGGGAGCACGAAGGGAGACUGCGAUAUCCAUCUCGAAGGGAGCCUCCACCCCGGAGAUCUCGGUCCAGAAGCCAUGACCGCUUACCCUACCAGAGGCGGUACCGGGAACGCCGUGAUAGUGACACAUAUCGAUGUGAAGAGCGGAGCCCAUCUUUUGGAGAGGACUACUAUGGAUCUUCACGUUCCCAUCAUCGUCGACGGUCCCGGGAUAGGGAGCCAUACCGGACUCGCAAACAUGCCCACCAUUGCCACAAACGCCGCACCAGGUCUUGUAGCAGUGCCUCCUCGAGAAGCCAACAGAGCAGUAAGCGCAGCAGCCGGAGUGUGGAAGAUGACAAGGAGGGCCACCUGGUGUGCCGGAUCGGCGAUUGGCUCCAAGAGCGAUAUGAGAUUGUGGGGAACCUGGGCGAAGGCACCUUUGGCAAGGUGGUGGAGUGCUUGGACCAUGCCAGAGGGAAGUCUCAAGUUGCCCUGAAGAUCAUUCGCAAUGUGGGCAAGUAUCGGGAGGCUGCUCGGCUAGAAAUCAACGUUCUCAAAAAAAUCAAGGAAAAGGACAAAGAGAACAAGUUCUUGUGCGUCUUGAUGUCUGACUGGUUUAAUUUCCACGGUCACAUGUGCAUUGCCUUUGAGCUCCUGGGCAAGAACACCUUUGAGUUCCUGAAGGAGAAUAAUUUCCAGCCUUACCCCCUACCACAUGUCCGGCACAUGGCCUACCAGCUCUGCCACGCCCUUAGAUUUCUACAUGAGAACCAACUGACCCACACAGACUUGAAGCCAGAGAACAUCCUGUUCGUGAAUUCUGAGUUUGAAACGCUCUACAAUGAGCAUAAGAGCUGUGAGGAGAAGUCAGUGAAGAACACCAGCAUCCGAGUUGCUGACUUCGGCAGUGCUACCUUUGACCAUGAGCAUCACACUACCAUUGUGGCCACUCGUCAUUACCGCCCACCUGAGGUGAUCCUUGAGUUGGGCUGGGCACAGCCCUGUGACGUCUGGAGCAUUGGCUGCAUUCUCUUCGAAUACUACCGGGGCUUCACACUCUUCCAGACUCACGAAAACCGAGAACAUUUGGUGAUGAUGGAGAAGAUCCUAGGGCCCAUCCCAUCACACAUGAUCCAUCGAACUAGGAAGCAGAAAUAUUUUUACAAAGGCGGCCUGGUUUGGGAUGAGAACAGCUCUGAUGGCCGGUAUGUGAAGGAGAACUGCAAACCUCUGAAGAGUUACAUGCUCCAAGACUCCCUGGAGCACGUGCAGCUGUUUGACCUGAUGAGGAGGAUGUUAGAGUUUGACCCUGCCCAGCGCAUCACACUGGCGGAGGCCCUGCUGCACCCCUUCUUUGCUGGCCUGACCCCUGAGGAGCGGUCCUUCCACACCAGCCGCAACCCCAGCAGAUGA